AUGAAGGCCGCUGUUGUUCCAAUAUCCAUUAAGGAUAAUUAUUUAACUGAAAUUAAAGAUAUCCCAAAACCGGAAAUUAAAGAUGAUCAAAUCUUAAUCAAAGCUAAAGCUUGUGCCAUCAAUCCAAUUGAUUGGAAACAUAUCGUUUACCAAAUGAGUAAACCAGGUGAUGUAGCUGGAAGUGAUGUUAGUGGAAUUGUUGAACAAGUUGGGGCCAAUGUGACAAAUUUUAAAAAGGGGGAUUUGGUAAGUUCAUUUGUAAUGGGGAAUAUGUCACCAAUGAGUGGUGCAUUUGCCGAAUAUGUUGCUGCAUUUCCUCAAGCCACUAUUAAGUAUGAUCACGAUUUAGAUAACCCACCAAAGGCAAAAGCUUCCAUGAUUGAUUCAUUUGAAGGUGCAGCGAGUAUUACUAUGGGAUUGACAACUGUUGCUCAAUCAUUUUCACAUUCUUUGAAUAUACCAAAACAUAAGAAACCAGGUGAUUCCAUUUUGAUUUGGAGUGGUGCUACUGCAACUGGUAUUGUAGCAAUCCAAGUUGCAAAAUUAGUUUAUAAUUUAAAGGUUAUCACUACUGCCUCACCAAGAAAUCAUGAAUAUUUGAAAGAGUUAGGAGCUGAUUUCACAUUGGAUUAUAAAGAUCCUAAAAUUGUUGACAAAUUGAAACUGCUUGGACACAUCAAAUUUGGGUUGGAUACAAUUGCUACUCCACAGACAUUUCAAAAACUUUAUGAUGCCACACAAGGUACUCCUGAAGUUUAUUUGGAUUCCUUAUUAGGAAUGGAUGGUAAUUCUAUCAAGACGGAUCCCGCAAGAGAAACUACUGUUCAUUGGGGGCAUACUAUGGGUUAUCUUUGUGUUCUUAAAACGAAAACUUUAGGCUCAACUACAUAUGUCCAAUCAACAGAGUUGUUGAAUGAUUAUAAUAAAUGGUGGGAAAAUGUCAUGCCAACGAUUAUUAAUAAAAUAAAACAUGCAAAUUUAAAGAUUUUACCCAAUGGAUUGGAAUCAGCCAAUGAAGGGUUACAAAUGUCAAGAGAGAGUAAAGUUUCUGGAGAGAAGAUUGUUUUUAAAAUUUAA